UGGGAUUCUUGAAUUAUGUUUUUUGCUUUUUUUAAUGCUGUGUGGCAUUUGUGAAUUGGGUUUUCAGUUUGGUACAUUUUCGUCUCCUUUUCAAUUAUUGAAUCAUGUUUUUUGUCUUUUUGGGACUUUAUUUUUCAAACAGUAAUGCAGCUGUGAACUGGGUUUUGAAAUUUAUGCAUUUUUGUUGAGCUUUUUCUUAUACUUGUUUGGUUGAUGAGAAAACAUGGGAAAAAAAAAAUAGAGAGAAAGCGAUGAUCUUUAGGAGCCGUGUUUGUCUUUCUUGGUGUUUUCUCUGCUUUCCAUUAUCUCCCAAGUCCUUUGCAUCUAGUUUAAAAGAUGAACAAUCCAAUGAUUUUCAUGCAUUUUCCCAGCUACCAAAAGGGGCAAACUUGAUUUUGACAUCUCUCAGAAUUUGAGCAUGAUUUAUUAAAGAUGACUUGUUGGUUUAUAAAUGGUUGGAUAUUCUGCAUUAUUUAAUCAAGUACUGUAUAUUGAAAAUGAUUAAUUUGAUUUUCAAAAACAAUUACUGUUUAUAGCUUAGCCAGCUUGAUCUCUCAGUUCAAAUUUCCUGAAAUGAGAUCUUACUUUUAUGCAAAGAGAAUCUAAAGACAUGUAUGUAAUAAUUUAUUUCAUGUGAGAAAAGUUAGGAACAAGAGCCAAAGUAAUGAGUAAAAGCCCUUAAUAGUUUUGAUCUUGAGUUAUGCUUCAAUAAUGGGCUGUUAUCCAUCCAAGCAAGUGAAAACGCCUGGCUAUGAAGAGCCUACUGUUCUUGCAGCCGAAACACCAUUCACAAUAAGUGAAGUAGAAGCUUUGUAUGAGCUUUUUAAAAAGUUGAGCAGCUCUAUAAUUGACGACGGUCUUAUCCAUAAGGAAGAAUUCCAGCUUGCACUUUUCAGAAACAGAAAUAGAAGGAAUCUUUUUGCAGAUAGGAUUUUCGAUUUGUUUGAUGUUAAGCGUAAUGGGGUUAUUGAGUUUGGAGAAUUUGUUCGAUCACUCGGUGUCUUUCACCCAAAUGCAGAUGUUGAAGACAAAAUUGCAUUUGCUUUUAGAUUGUAUGAUCUGAGACACACGGGCUAUAUCGAGCGCGAGGAGUUGAAGGAGAUGGUUUUGGCCCUUUUGCACGAAUCAGAUCUAAUACUUUCCGAUGAUGAAAUCGAACAAAUUGUGGAUAAGACAUUUGGUGAUGCUGAUUCAAAAGGCGAUGGAAGGAUCGACCAAGAAGAGUGGAAAGCAUUUGUGUUGAAACAUCCUACUCUGAUAAAGAACAUGACUUUACCAUAUUUAAAGGAUAUAACUCUAGCUUUUCCUAGCUUUGUGCUGAGCUCUGAAGUAGAAGAUUCAGAAAUAUGAGGCAUAAAGAUAUAAAUAUGAAGAGGAUAUCAACAAUGUAUCAUCCUUCUAUGAUGAAGCAAUUCAAAGAUGAAACAGCUUCAUAACUAAGAUGACAUUACAAGGAAUGGAAAAUUGAGGAAACCUGCAAAAUAAAUCAUUCCUUGAGCUGCAAGUUACGACCGCAAUCUUCGAAAUCUCAUCUAGUUGGUCAGAUUGCAGAACUAACAGAGAGCUAGGGAAAAGUUGUAAAUAAAAUCAUAUAUGUGCAAGUUAUUGUCAUUUGGAACCUCUUUCCUUUUUUAAUGUUUGGCAUAACUAAAGAAAGCAAAAAUAAAAACUCCUCAAUUUGUGUUGUUAUUAGUUAAUAAUAGUAAAUGAUUGUAUGGUAAUUAUAAUAAGGAUAAUUAGGAUUUUUGAUCCUUAAAUUUUGACAUGUAUUAAAUUAUGUUCUUUG